GUCUACGCGCCGUUUCGAUUGAUGAGAUCGCAGACGCCAUUGAUUGUUCCGGAUCGUUUCCGAAGAAGAAAACAUUUUAAUUAUUGCUACUAAAUUUCGUUUAGUUAUUUCCGGUGAAGAUUAUUAAACUUGGUUGAAACUUAAGUCGAUAACUAACUUUUGUUAAUUUGAUUUCGCAAAUUUGUUUUGUUAUCCUUCACCUUCACUACUCAGGUUUUCUUGUGAAUCUCUCUGAGCUCGCUUUUACGAACAAGACGACAAGGAUCAGAUCAUUGCUCCUCUCUGGUAAAAAUUCUCCCGAGUUUCAAGAUUCAUGUGCUUUCGAUCCUGAAAAAGGCAAUUGGAGGAAUCUUAACAGUGAUACAGAGCUUGAAGGUUAAAAACCCCGCUUGAAUUGAGCAACAAUUCGCUUAGUUCAGUGGAAGAUUGCAUGCCAAAGACGAAAGCAUUUAUCUUCAACACCAUUUUUGAAGAAUGUUGAUAGUGGCUUAUCACCAAUAGGCUCUGUUCUUCUUGCUUGCAAUAGUUCUGGUUCUGUAAGAAAGCCAUGGCUUUGGGUUCUCCUAAAGUUUCUAAUUUUGUGGCCGGAUUCCCUCGGAAGGUGUCUACAAUUGCAGUUGCUAUCUGCGGAUUGGCAUCAUUCUUUGUUUUCGGAUUGUUGCUACGUCUUUCUUACCCAAUCAGUUCCUCAGUUAGUGGCAUAUUUUAUGGAAUAGGGACUCCUGAACAAGUUGAAUUCCCUUUAUCUUUGAGCAACCAUACUGUAAAAGGCCUUGACAAGAGUAGCGACAUCUAUACUGCAGAGCAAAAUUUGACUUCUCAAUCUACCUCUGUCUCUCCUGAUGUUGUUGACACAAAGAUACCGCUGCCGGAUUUCGAUAGUGAUAGGAAGUUGGAGAAACCUUUGACCCAAGUAAACGAGGAUACUGUUUCUUUGGAUAAGUCUGAGAAGGCUGAUGAUGGAUCAGGUGAAAGUGAGACCAAUGUUUCCAAAGCUGGAGACACUCCAAAUGAAUCAUCUCGUCCACAUGAUGACUCUGAAAGUGCUUCAGCAGAAACAGAGUGUGAUUUGUAUCAUGGUAGCUGGUUUUAUGACCCUGGGGGACCUGUGUACACGAACAACUCUUGCCCUGUCCUGACGCAGAUGCAGAACUGCCAGGGCAAUGGAAGACCUGACAAGGGAUAUGAGAACUGGAGAUGGAAACCGUCUCAGUGUGACCUUCCUCGGUUUGAUGCCAGGAAAUUUCUAGACCUAAUGAAAGGCAAGACACUGGCCUUUAUAGGAGAUUCAGUAGCUCGUAACCAGAUGGAGUCCAUGUUGUGCCUUCUUUGGCAGGUUGAAACACCGGUCAAUCGUGGGAGCCGAAAGAUGCAGAGAUGGUAUUUUAAGUCAUCAUCAGUAAUGAUUGCCCGUAUUUGGUCAUCCUGGCUCGUGCAUCAGUUCAACGAAAAAUUCGAUUAUGCUCCUGAAGGUGUCACAAAACUAAAGCUGGACCUUCCUGAUGAGCGUAUAAUAGAAGCUCUUCCGAAAUUCGACGUGGUUGUCCUCUCAUCAGGGCACUGGUUUGCAAAGCAGUCUGUCUACAUAUUAAAGGACGAGAUAGUGGGAGGCCAAUUAUGGUGGCCAGACAAAUCAAAACCCAUGAAAGUCAACAACGUGGAAGCAUUCGGAAUAUCAGUUGAAACAAUCUUAAAGUCCAUGGCUACACACCCGAACUACACCGGUUUGACCAUUGUGAGAACAUGGUCACCUGAUCACUACGAGGGUGGUGCUUGGAACACAGGUGGUUCAUGCACAGGGAAAGUAGAACCCAUCCUUCCAGGGAAGCUAGUGAAAAACGGUUUCACGGAGAUAAUGCACGAGAAGCAAACGACAGGGUUUAACCGAGCAGUGGAUGGAGUCGUGGAUGAUCUGAAGCAUAAGUUAAAGCUGAUGGAUAUUACAGAGGCCUUUGGCUAUCGCCAUGAUGGUCAUCCUGGUCCGUACAGGAACCCGGACCCAAACAAGAUCACUAAAAGGGGACCGGAUGGACGGCCUCCGCCACAGGACUGCUUGCACUGGUGCAUGCCUGGACCGGUCGAUACAUGGAACGAAAUGGUGUUGGAGCUCAUAAGGAGAGACAUGGAAGACAGGAAAAGGAAAAGCUCAGGGUCUUGACUUGGUUUUGAUACUCAAGGCAGAGUUAGAUUACAGGAGUUAUAUACUUUUUGAAAAAAUCUGAUUCUUGAUUACUGAUAAACCAUACAUAAUCUCACUUGUAGAUUUUGUAUCAACCACGGUGAGGUAGGAUUAGGCAUUGUUUCGGAUCUGUUCCACUAUAUUUUUUUUGGUUCGUUUGUGUCUUCAGAUUGAAAGCUACUACAUCUCUCUUUCUUAUUUUUUUGUUUACUUUGAUAUUUUGGGAGUUGCGAAUUGAGGCGUUUUGAG